AUGACGAUGACGGACAAAAUAUUUUCUCUAGUUACGGAGCUUGAUUUGCAGAGGACAUGUUCCAUGUCCAUGUGCAAGAGAGACUGGAGGAGAUUAUGCUUAUACUUCAGAUGGUCUUAUGAAAAGGGAAUUUCUAGAUGCCAUUGUCUCGACGAAGUGAAGAAGCGCCUAUAUUUUUGUGAAGAUUGUCCCAUUGAGAGAAUAAGAAAUGGGAUGAUGCCAGAACCAUGCAAGGGACAUUUGAUUAGAAAAUUUGUGAAGGAGUUCUGGACUAAGUGUGAAUGCAGUAGAAUUUGUGGAAAUAGAAUAGUGCAACACGGAAUAACGAGGAAUUUGCAGGUGUUUUGGACUGCAGAAGGAAAGGGAUGGGGGCUUCGAGCCCUUGAUGAACUUCCUAAAGGAGCUUUCAUAUGUGAAUAUGUUGGUGAAAUUCUGACAAAUGCAGAGCUUUUUGUAACUGGCAAGAUGGGGCAUUCAUAUCCUGUUCUGCUAGAAGCUGAUUGGGGAUCUGUGCAAGUUCUCAAAGAUGAA